AUGCCGAAUAAAAACAAGAAGGAGAAAGAAGUACCCAAAGCAGGAAAGAGUGGACGAAGUUCAAAAGAAGCACAAGACACAGUAGAACCAGAGAUUUCCAGCAGGAAAAGCAGCGUUGGUUCUUCGUCUGCAAUAACUAGUAAAAUUAAGGUGCCAGCCACUCAGCCCAUAGUGAAGAAAGACAAACGGCAAAAUUCCUCCAGGUUUAGUGCCAGCAAUGAUAGAGAACUUCAAAAACUACCAUCUUUAAAAGAUGUUCCUCCUGCUGAACAAGAGAAGCUUUUUAUCCAGAAAUUACGUCAGUGUUGUGUCCUCUUUGACUUUGUUUCCGAUCCACUAAGUGACCUAAAGUGGAAGGAAGUAAAACGAGCUGCUUUAAGUGAGAUGGUGGAAUAUAUCACCCAUAAUCGGAAUGUGAUCACAGAGCCUAUCUAUCCGGAAGUGGUCCAUAUGUUUGCAGUUAAUAUGUUUCGAACAUUACCACCUUCCUCCAAUCCUACGGGAGCAGAAUUUGACCCAGAGGAAGACGAACCAACGUUAGAAGCAGCCUGGCCUCACCUACAGCUUGUUUAUGAAUUUUUCCUAAGGUUUUUAGAGUCUCCAGAUUUCCAACCUAAUAUAGCGAAGAAAUAUAUUGAUCAGAAGUUUGUAUUGCAGCUUUUAGAGCUCUUUGACAGUGAAGAUCCUCGAGAGAGAGAUUUUCUUAAAACUACCCUUCACAGAAUCUACGGAAAAUUCUUAGGCUUAAGAGCUUACAUCAGAAAACAGAUAAAUAAUAUAUUUUAUAGGUUUAUUUAUGAAACAGAGCAUCACAAUGGCAUAGCAGAAUUACUGGAAAUACUGGGAAGUAUAAUUAAUGGAUUUGCCUUACCACUGAAAGAAGAGCACAAGAUUUUCUUAUUGAAGGUGUUACUGCCUUUGCACAAAGUGAAAUCUCUAAGUGUCUACCACCCCCAGCUGGCGUACUGUGUUGUGCAGUUUCUGGAGAAGGACAGCACCCUCACGGAACCAGUGGUCAUGGCACUGCUCAAAUACUGGCCAAAGACUCACAGUCCAAAAGAAGUCAUGUUCUUGAAUGAGUUAGAAGAGAUUUUAGAUGUGAUUGAACCGUCAGAAUUUGUCAAGGUCAUGGAGCCGCUCUUUCGGCAGUUGGCCAAGUGCGUCUCCAGCCCUCAUUUCCAGGUGGCAGAGCGAGCGCUGUAUUACUGGAACAAUGAGUACAUUAUGAGCCUCAUCAGUGACAACGCAGCCAAGAUCCUGCCCAUCAUGUUCCCGUCCUUGUACCGCAAUUCAAAGACCCACUGGAAUAAGACAAUACACGGCUUGAUAUACAACGCACUGAAACUCUUCAUGGAAAUGAACCAAAAACUAUUCGAUGACUGCACUCAACAGUUUAAAGCAGAGAAGCUGAAAGAGAAGCUAAAAAUGAAAGAACGAGAAGAAGCAUGGGUUAAAAUAGAAAAUCUAGCCAAAGCAAACCCCCAGUAUUCAAUACAUAGUCAAGCGAGCACCAUGAGCAUCCCGGUUGCAAUGGAGACAGAUGGGCCCCUAUUUGAAGAUGUGCAGAUGCUGAGAAAGACAGUGAACGAAGAGGCCCGCCAGGCACAGAAGGACCUGAAGAAGGACCGGGCUCUGGUGCGCCGCAAGUCCGAGCUGCCUCAGGACCUCCACACCAAGAACGCCUUGGAGGCUCACUGCAGAGCCGACGAGCUGCUGUCCCAGGAUGGCCGCUAG